AUGACAAACGAAAACUACAACCUAGUGGACUAUUCCCAUGGCUCUACUUACAGUAGCACAAGCGACUCGGAUGACAAUGACCACGAGAUCCACCAAGUGAACAACCCUUUGAUAAAGAAGAAAAGCCAACUAUUUUCUUCCGUGAGACUUGUAGGCAGUGACUCUGAUUCUCUUAAUCAAGAGUAUGAUUCAGAAGAAGAUGAAAUCGACAACUCGCCUAACCCUUUCUUGGAUCCUAAAGUAGCUCACUAUUACCAUACGCUUUAUGAAGGCUCCGAGUACGAGUGUAGACUGUUAUAUGAUCCAGACUUCUCGUGGACAAAGCGGGAAGAUGCUCUUGUUGUCAAAAAAGUAGAUGGUGUCAUAGCGUUGUUUGCAUGUAUCUUGUUCACAGGUUUGCAAAUAGACAGAGGAAAUCUUCUGCAAGCACUUUCCGAUAACUUUCUUGAAGACUUGAACCUCACCACAAACGACUACAAUAUGGGGAACACGCUAUUUUUGGUGUGUUUUAUGAUGGGAGAAAUUCCAUCCUCGAUACUUUCCAAAUGGAUAGGAGUAGACAGAUUUAUCCCUUUCCAAAUGAUCUCCUGGUCGAUAGUAGCAGCCAUGCAAUGUUUUCUUACUGGUAAGUACACCUAUUUUUUGGCAAGAGCUUUGACCGCUUUCUUAGAAAGUGGGUUGAUUGCUGAAUUAGUUCUUUUCCUUUCAACUUACUAUAAGGCAAAGGAGUUGCCCAUUAGAUUAUCGUGGUUAUGGGUGACAUUAUCCUUUGUUCAAAUUGGAGGGGCUAUUUUAUCUCUCGGGAUUCUCAGAUUGAGAGGUUUCUUGGGAUGGGAAGGCUGGAGAUGGCUCUUUUUGAUAGAAGGUCUGAUGACAUUGGUUAUUGGAAUUGGCGCUUACCACAUGUUGAUUCCUUCGCCCAUGUCUCUAGUUGAAAGAGGAUGGUUCUCGGAGAGACAAGUGAAGAUUAUUGUCAAUAGAACUUUGAGAGACGACCCUUCCAAAGGUGACACCAAUAAUAGAAGUGGGAUCACGAUAAAGCAGGUGGUCAACGUUCUCCUAGACUACGAUUUGUGGCCCAUUUACCUUGUUGGGCUAAUUGCAUUUAUUCCAUUGAGUACUCUUUCCAGCUAUAUUCCCAUCAUAUACAGAGGGGUAGGGUUGACUACUUUCGAAACUAAUCUAUUGCUUAUUCCCCAUUACAUUUUGCAUAUUACUUUCUUGAUAUUCAUGACUAGGUUUUCAGAGAGAAUCAACCAACGGGCUUUGGUUGCUAUCCUCACGCCCAUUUAUUUGGUUCCUAUCAUAGCUAUCUUCAAGUAUAAACAAGAUAGUUUGUCUACGGUAGGAAUAUGGUUGCUUUCCACAUUGAUAGCUGGUGGUCCAUAUAUUCAUGCUAUCUGUGUGAGCUGGGUUUCGCGGAAUUCAGGAGGUAUAAAGACCAGAACUGUCAGUGCUGCAGUAUACAACUUAAUUGUACAAGCUGGUGGUAUUAUUGCUGCCAACAUCUACAGAAGUGACGACGCUCCCCACUACCACCGUGGUAAUACCAACUUGCUCUGGAUAGCUUUUGCUUUGUUCCCUUUACUUCUUGCUAUAAAGGGCUAUUACUUGUUGAGAAACAAACGGAAGCAAGACAUCUGGGAUGCAAUGACACUUGAUGAACAGAACAGAUACAUACAUCACACCACUGAUUCUGGUAAUAAGAGAUUAGAUUUUAGAUUUGAUAGCUAG